AUGUACCUGCCCCCGGUGCUCUCAGAUGGAACGAUCCAAGCUCUCCUAUCUCAUCUCAGUCUCCCUGCCGCCAAGGUUAUCUCACCUUUAACAGCAACUGCUGCCUACCAUUCUAUAUAUCUCCUCAAUUUCCCUCCAGAAUGUACUUCCAGCCUAGAGCCAGCCGAGGUGCGAGAGCCAGACGGCUCAGUAACCCUCGUCCUCCGUGUCUCGGGCAAACAUCUCCCCCGCAUCAAGACCAUCAAUGAGGUGUCAGUCAUGAGAUGGGUCAAGGAAAACACCAAAAUACCUGUGCCGGCAGUAGUACGCUUCGACGCCUCGGAGGAUAACCCACUGGGCCACGAGUUCACCUUGCUGGAGAGGGCACCAGGCAUUAGCGUCGACAAGGUCUACGACCAGCUCGACACGGCAACGAAGCACUCCCUGAUCUCGCAACUUGCGGGAUUCCUGGCACAGAUCCACGCCCACUCAUUCGAUUUGAUAGGAGGCAUGCAGCUCUCCCACCAGGACGGGGCCAUUGUCCCUGGGCCAGUCCUCGACGAGACAUUCUGGCAGGCCACGGACGUGGCCAAGUACUGGCCACCGGAGGAGUCUGUGUCGACGCUCAACAUCUCCGGCCCGUAUGAAAGCUACACGGCACUGUGCGCUGCCCAGAUGGAGCGGCUCAUCUACGCCAUUGAAAAGCACGACUCGUUGGCUUGGAUCCGUGAACUGGUGCCCCGGCUGCAGACGUUCGUGGACCUCCUCACAAAGGAGCAGGAGAAAGUCAAGGAUAUGAAGCUCGAUGACGCGAAGAUCGUGCUGGCGCACAAGGACUUGCAUUUCGCCAACAUCAUGUUUGAUCCCCUCACCGGGGAGAUCACUGGCAUCCUGGACUGGGAAUUCGCGGGCACGGUGCCGGCGCCCAGGUGGAAUCCUGUACGAGCGUUCCUAUGGAAGGGUCAAUUCACGGACGAGGCGAAGGCUGAGAAAGAGGCUCUGAUGAUUGUGUUUGAGCGGAUGUGUAAGGAGCGUGGGAUCACGGUGUUGGAGGACGCCGAGGCAAAUUCGCAUCAGAUGGCUAUGCAGGACGUUUUGCGCUAUACGAGAGCCAUCGUGGAAGUCUGCCCGCGGGGUGAGAAGCAGGAUAUGGUGGUAGUAUGGAGAGAAGCGGUUGAGGAGGGACUGUCGAAAUUCAAGAUAUGA